AUGAACAAGAAUAAGCAUGAAUGGACUGAAUCGGUGGCGAAUUCCGGGCCGAUUUCGAUCCUAUCUUACUGCGCGUCCUCGAUUUUGAUGACAGUGACGAACAAAUUCGUGGUCAACUUGGCCAACUUCAACAUGAACUUCGUAAUGUUGUUCGUACAAUCGCUGGUGUGUACUAUGACGCUAUGCAUCCUACGUGCUGUAGGUGUUGCUAAUUUUCGGUCUUUGAACAGGACUGAUGUGAAGAGCUGGUUUCCGAUUUCUUUGCUGCUCGUGUUGAUGAUCUAUACUUCAUCCAAAAGCUUACAGUACCUUGCCGUGCCUAUCUACACGAUUUUUAAGAAUCUGACGAUAAUCCUCAUCGCCUAUGGCGAAGUACUUUUCUUUGGUGGAAAAGUCACUUCUAUGGAGUUGAUAUCGUUCAUUAUGAUGGUACUUUCAUCCGUAGUGGCCACCUGGGGCGACCAGCAGGCCAUUGCAAUCAAGGCAUCACCUCUGGGAGACCUUGAUCAGGAACUUGUUGACUCGACCAUCUUUGUGUUGAAUCCGGGGUACCUUUGGAUGUUUACCAACUGUAUCUCGUCCGCAUUGUUCGUUUUGAUCAUGCGGAAGAGAAUUCGGCUAACUAACUUUAAAGAUUACGACACCAUGUUUUAUAACAACGUUCUGGCGUUACCUUUGCUGCUUGUUUUUUCUUUCAUUAUGGAAGACUGGUCCGCAAAUAAUUUGUCUGUGAACUUGUCUGCUGACUCACUGGCAGCCAUGGUCAUCAGCGGGCUGAUGUCCGUGGGAAUAUCGUACUGUUCCGGCUGGUGUGUUCGUGUAACUUCCUCCACGACGUAUUCUAUGGUUGGAGCUUUGAACAAACUGCCCAUAGCUUUGGUCGGAUUGAUGUUCUUUGACGCUCCAAAAAACUUUUUGUCUUUCUUUUCCAUCUUCCUAGGAUUUCUGUCUGGCCUCCUGUAUGCAGUGGCUAAACAGAAAAAGAUACAGCAGCAGAAAGUUGUAUUAACCACUUCUGAGAAAUGA